GCUGUCCAUAUUUGUAAUUGACCUCCUUGGUCAACCGGGCAUCCAUAGGCCCCUGAAUUACUUAAAGACAUGGAGAACAACGAAUCGGUAGAGCAUGAAACAGUAAAUGACAAAGAUAAGAGGAUAAAAACACUCAAAAAUGUUUUAAAACAUAGCUGCAUCAUAUUGAGCCUCAUUAUUUAUUGCACAUUCGCCAUUUUGUUCACAUUUCAAAAUCGUUUUAUUUUCAAAAAAUCAGAAAAUUUUGUCUCCUCAGAAACACACAGCUGGUUUACAAUGUCAUUCUCAAUAUCAAUAUCGAUUGGCACAGAAAAUCAUAUUAAUUUUGGUACCGUAGAACAUGGCAGUGAUACUGAUCUAUUUCUUUUCCAUGAUAGAACGAUGAACACAAUUGCAUUGAACGAAAUGAUGGCGGGAUUAACGCGCUAUAACAUAAUUUAUUACCAUGCAAAGGAAUACGAGGAUGGCACGUUCAUCAAAGAUACGAAAAAAACGCUUGAGAAUAUUAGGACUCUUGUAGAGUUUAUGAGUUAUAGAAGAAAUAAGGUGGUCGUGUAUGGGCAAUCAUUUGGUUGUUAUUUAGCGCUUCUGUCCACAAAAAUUAUGGAUAAGAAACUAACACUAGUUCUAGCAAAUCCUUUUUUUUCAUUUCGAUCGGUUGUAAAACAUCAGUUCUUUCUUCCCCUACACCUCCUGCUUGUAAAUGAUUGCAACAAUUACAAGUUGUUGAAGAAAUUUAAUGGUAAAAUGAUGUUAAUUUUAUCGGAGAAUGAUGCAUAUUUGCCGAAAAAUGAUAUUAAAAAGAUGAGAGAGCUUACCGAGUCGAAGAAUGGGCAGAUCUUUGUUAUUGAGGGUGCUGGUCAUUUUGAUGUGAGUAAGAAAGAUCAAUUCUACACCAUUCUAAAUAAUGACAUAGCCAGAGAGGUCGAGUAGUGUAAGUAUAUAAAAAUGAGAAGAAC